AUGGCCUACUUCCGCCAACUCAAUCGACGGUCUACUGCCGGCGAACAGGGCAUCCCUCUCUCCUACUCUCCUCGGGACAUCCUGGCUGCCGCUAUAUCGCAAGGCACCCUAGACGAACUGCCAAGGAUCCUGGGACGUGCUGCCUACGACCUGGAUACGUCUGUACAGGGCAUCGCGCAGGUCAUAGCGUCGCUCGAGCGGGUCGGGAUCGACUUCUCCGGCGCACGGGCGGCCCUGGCGAACUCUGUGGCCCGGCACUGCGCGCGAUGCCACAAGACCUACCGCGACCGGGAGAACAGUCUGAACGCUUGUGUCGUCUAUCACCGCCUUUCGGACGAAGCCGGUGACCUGGGUGGCUCUGAUUCUCGUUCGUGUCCGUGUCGAGGGAUGGGCAUGACGUUUGGUGACGCGGAGACCGGAGAGUGCUACCGUGGAUGGCACACAGACGACGCCGCACAAGUGGACUACAUAUUGUCCAGCGCGAUUCCGUGCACGGACGAUGAUGGCGGAUGCGACAAGCCUACCCGUGCAUGGCUCGCAGGACGGAGAUGA